AUGACAAUCAAUCCACAGAUCAAGGAUGAAGAUUCUUGGCGCAACAACGAAGCAAAACUGUACAGUGAUUGGAUGAUAGGAUCUGUUUGCAUGAAGUUUAAUUUUUACCUCUAUGGAAUCCAAACUGGACAUUUAAAAAUCUUGGUAAAGAACGAUGGUGCUUAUAAUGAUCUCCUCGUUUUUCAUCGCUAUGGAAAUCAUGGCCAUAAGUGGAACUUUGCUCAAGUUUAUUUGGAUUCCGCUCCAACUGUUGCUUAUCAGGUAUUGCGCUCAAAUUUUUUUGUUCCUUAAUUCACGUAAAUAAAAUUGGAUCUAUUUUUUAAACUCUGGUGUUCACAACAGAAUUAAUAACAAUAUUUUCUUGCCCAGACUAUUCCUUGAACUUAUAUGACACUUUAAUUAAGAGGAGAAUUUUUAAAAAUUGCGUAUUUUUUUCGAAAAGCGCUAAAAGCUUAGUUGCCAAGCAUUCGCAAAAAUAUGCGGCGCCGCUGUCUUGGUUUUAAAAGUUGCCAGAACUUGCGAAGACAAAUAGCAGAAUUUUACUGCAUUUUUGGUUAUGUUAUAUAUCGUAGUAUCCACCCCCCUUAUAUACUAACUACCGUAAUAGGUUAAUUGGUAACGCACUACGUCUUAAAUUAAUGACGUUUACUUGUUGAUUAUUCCCGAGCCAACGUUAAUUGAUUAUCCCCGAGCCAACGGCGCGGACUAAUUCCGCCCGGCUAUUUACACCAGGGGAAAUGAAAGCAUUAGCGACAUUGAACUAUAAAUAAACUGGAAGGCUAACUGCCAUAUGAUGAAGGCCUAUGAUUUGAUGAAAGCAAAAUAAUUUUUCUGAGUUAUGAGCAGAAAUACUUGAUCCCAAACGUUGGGCUAUAUAUCAAAUUGAAGCAAUUGACAAUUUCUAUUCGGUGUGGAGAUUUCAAGACUUCAGCGAAAAGAAAAAUAUUUGAAAAAUAGAAAAACAACUGCAAAAUGGCAAUUUAUCUGCAAUUAUUUUUCUCGUUUUUAAAUAUUUCCCUUUUAGCUAAAGCCUUGAAAUUUCUACACCAGAUAGUGUUUUUCAAUAGCUUCAAUUUGAUAUAUAGCCCAUUGUUUGCGAUCAAGUAUUUCUGCUUAUAACUUAGAAAAACUAAAAUGCAAUGGCUUCAGCCCCCUCUCUUGAGUUAGCCUUCCAGUUUCUUUAUAGUUCAAUGAUUAGCGAAGUCUAAAGUUCAUCAAUCAUCACGGGCGUGGUUGACCAAUGGUGUUGGAGUGUUGGGUUGGUGGUAAUCCUCACUGAUCUAAAAAAUAUGGCUGACUGUCAUGAAUAGCGAACACUGAUUGGUCAAAUUGAAAAUUUGCAUUAUAACGACUGCAUGACGACAGCGAAAUAGCAAACAUUUCUUGAUUUGGUAAUUUCUUGCAAAUAUAUUUCAUUUUUGCAAGAUUUUGUAUAUUUCAAAAGCUUUCUAAAAAAAUAAAGGCGAAGGAAUAAAGUCGCCGACGUUAACGAACGUAGCUUUGUUAGAAAUAUUGAUCUAUUUUUCGCGUUAUAAUAGCUAUAGCUUUAAAAGCUGAUCGUUAACGUAUAUUUUAAAUGAAAAAGACAGCAUAUAAUUUCAGUGUUUUUUGAUUGAUUAUCCUUUUUUAUUAUAUUAAAAUUUUUAGAUAAUAAAGAAAGCAAAGUUGUUUGAAUGCGAGAAUUUGGAAUAAUUACAUUUCAAACUCAAAGUUUGUAGAUAAUGGCAGUUUAGUUUUGAAUAAAAAACAUUUUAAAACCUGUUGCCAGUGGUGUAACAACCUCGAUAAUUGGGGGAGGGGCAAUAUUCUUAUAUUCGUGUUCACAGACCUUGAAAACAAUUGAUUUCAAAAGAAAUUAAUAAGGCAGAACACGAAUGUAUGAAUAUUGCCCCCCCUCCCAAUUAUCGAGUUUGCUACGCCACUGCCUCUUGCAAAGCGUUUGAGGUUGAAUUUUACCUUAAAUUGAAGCUUACAGCACGUAUAAUAAUAUACCUAACAUAUAUAUGUUUGGGGAGUUUUCCUCCGUUUGAUGUUCAUGUCUAUGGCAACAUUGAUCCACGAUGGAAGAAAUGGCUAACCAGAUUUGAACGACUCCUUAUAGCGACGAAUUUAACAGAAACAAAACAACAACGCGCCCUAUUACUACACUAUGCUGGCCCGGCUGUCGAUGAAAUCUCUGACACUUUACCCGAUACAGGCGUAGACAAGGACUAUAAAACAGCUGCAGACUUGCUCAACGCAUACUUUAUCCCUCAAUAUCAACUCAGCAGUUCAACUUAUGCCAAGCAAAACAACAACGCAGAGAAAAUAUCGAAAAAAGACCUUAAAAAAAGACCUUCUUGAGAAUCUUCAAAAAAGACCUUCUUGAGAAUCUGCAAUUUUUGGAAAAUUCAUUAUAAUGUAUACACAUAAUGUAAUUGGUUCCUGGCCAUGCCACACCCACCUUUGUUUUUUUAAAUUAAAUAAAUAAGAACAAUAUCCUGAAACAGUUUCAAAUAUGGGGAAUUUUUCUGCGAAAGCUGAGUUGAGUGGCAGUACUCUCCAUUUGACGACUAAAUUGUUUGGCGUUAGACAGAGAAUAAUACUCAGGCGUUAGCCAUAGUAAAAUACUGAAGUAGAGCACGUCGGGUUGCAUUACACUUCAAGGGUUAAUGAAAUCAACUCCGUAUGGUUUUAAGCCUCUAUAACUGAAAUAAAUAGACCAUUCCAAUGCCAUAAUUAAACACAAUGGUACAAGGUGUUAACAAUUGUUAACAACUCUAUAUUAUGAAACAUAAUAAUGCGAGGUAUGCAAACACAAAGGAAUUCAGUAUUUUUUUCACUAGAUUGGCUCUCUCACUUAUCCGCCUUACUACUGUAGCUCUGCAUAUUGCUAUCGAUGAGGCUGAAUACCUGAAACAAAUUCUUUAAACGUAGGUUGUUCAAUCAAUGAGAACGACAUAACAGCUUCUGCCAUGAACUUGAUCAUCAAAUCAUCCGCCUGGGUUUGAGUAACCAAAUUGGCAUUGCUUUUGACUUGAGAGGCAAAUAAAAAUCGCGACUUUGUUGUUUAGCAGUAGAAUGUCCUACACUGUUGCUGCAGCUACUAUUACUUCUUGUCUUUUUCUUUUUCUUUUUUCCUCAUGACAUAGUUUGUUGAAGACAGACACUUUAUGUUUAUGGGCAAUCUUAAGAGAUUAAACUAUGCGAGUAACCAAAUGGCUGGUACGUUCAAUUGA